AGAUUCAAUCGGAUCUAAAAAGUGAACGCGAUAUUGCAAAAUUUUACGAUUGGUCAUUCCAUAGCAGAUUUUGUCCAAUGUGGUAUGCCAUACCUUUUUUAGAGAUCUUUGAAUUAAUAAAAAUUGUAAUAUUUCCCUGAAGUUAUAUGUACUUAACUGCUAACCUUGAAAGUAAAUGGAACGACAAAUAAUUAUUAACUGACAGCAAUGGCAUGCAAUCUAUUCUAUAUGUGACGUCAUCACAUCAAUGAUGUGAAUAUAGUGACUCUCAUAUCAUUGGUUAUACAUUUACCGCGACGAAUGCAUAAUUUUAAAGUUGGUUAUAAUCGAUAUUAUAUUGUGCGUAUGUACAAAUCUAUAAGUAAUUAUUAUUUAAAUACAUAUACGAGUAUUGUAAUCUUCCUUAUUACAAUUUAUUUUUUGUGUUUUUAAUUCAAUGAACUUCUAGCGAUAUUAUUAUAUAUUAUAUUCAAGAGAAGUCAAUACCUAUUGAUAAAUACAUAUUUACAUCAUCUACUCAAUUAUAUUAGUUAAUUAGACCUGAAAGUAAACACUUAUUUAAUUUAGUACUACUUUGUAUUCAAUAAACUAAAUACAAUGUAAUAUAAAUAUACAUCAGUUGCUUUUUAUGAUCAACGGCGACGAAGUUGUAUAUAAUAGGCAAUAUAAUUUGCAUGAGAUAUUAACCGCUAUUCUUUUUUUUAUGUAAAUGUAUGUCUAUUUUAUUGUAUAAAUAUGUGGAAUUGUGAGAUUUAAAUGUAUAUCGUAAUAAGCACAGUGAUAUCGAAUAUGAGAGAUACUACGUAUAACCUCUUGUAAGAUGUACAUCAUGUAUAUGCAUUUGAUUAAUUUAUAUAGUCGGUUACACUGAUAGUUUUGAACUAAUCAAAAAACCGCAUACGACUUUGUAUUGUAUAAUGACUACUUUAAGUGGUUUCAUGGAAUUUUUCCAAAAGGGAAAGACUUUUAGACCAAAGAAAAAAUUUGCUCAUGGAACAUUACGUUAUUCUUUACAUAAACAAGCUCAAGCUUCACUUAAUUCAGGAAUAAACUUAAGAUCUGUAGUCAAAUUACCACCAAAAGAGGAUCUCAAUGAUUGGAUUGCUGUUCAUGUUGUAGAUUUCUUUAAUAGAAUAAAUCUUAUAUAUGGUACUAUAUCUGAAUAUUGUGAUUCUGCGUCAUGUCCAACAAUGAGCGGUGGAGCACGUUUUGAGUAUUUAUGGGCAGAUGGGGAAAAAUAUAAGAAGCCAACUGUUCUUCCUGCUCCUCAAUAUGUUACACUUCUUAUGGAUUGGAUAGAAGUACAAAUAAAUAAUGAAACUAUAUUUCCUGUGUCAACAGAUGUACCAUUUCCAAAAACAUUCGUACCAUUAUGUCGUAAAAUUUUAACUCGUCUCUUCAGAGUGUUUGUUCAUGUAUACAUUCAUCAUUUUGAUCGUAUAGUAGCUAUAGGUGCAGAAGCACAUGUAAAUACAUGCUACAAACAUUUUUACUAUUUUGUAACAGAAUUUGAGUUAAUAAAUACAAAAGAAUUAGAGCCAUUAGCUGAAAUGACUGCUAAAGUCUGCAAAGAUACAGCCUCACCAACACAAGCAACUGUGCCAUCAAAUAAUCAUAUGAGAUAGUUAUAUGGACAUUAUACUGUAGACUAAACGUAUAAUCUCCAAUAUGAAUGAAUAUGAACAAAA